AUGCGUCCUUCUGGCUCAGAAAAUCGAUUGUUAUCUGACAUGAGUAACAUUCCAAAUUGCUCAUCUCGAGCUUCAAAACCAGCAGCAUUUGAAGCUCUUUUCAAUGCCCAACAGCUAGCUUGCGUGCAAAAUUUCUUGCUAGCACAAAUGUAUCAGGCUCCAGCUCGGAAAACUUCACAGCGAGCUCCUCGAGCUCGCGCACAAACUUCUCCACUAUCCCCUCUAGAAGCUCAACUAGAAGCUAUUUUACGAGCUCCAGUUUCUCCACAGGCUCCUCCAGAAGCUUCUCAACCAUCUCCAAUCUACGAAAUUGUCCUAGCUCCAUUCCCAACUUUUGCUCAUGCUCAAUGUAUUUUACCAAUCUCGUCACAAGCUUCUGCUCAAGCUUCUUUUCGAGCUCCACGAAAAAGACGGCGCGGAAAUCAGGAACCUUCUGAACCUCCUGCAAAGCUUCCAACCACAACAGAAAUCGAUAUUGUGAGUCAGUAUGACAUUCAAUUUAUGGAAAGUUUUAUGGAAGAAGUGAAGAUUCCACAAAUCAAUAAAUAUUUCGGAUAUCAUGCAUGUUUCAAGAUCAAAAGAUCAAAUAUUUAUAGGACUUUACAACCGGAGCUUUAUAUGAAUUGCAUUGAUGUGGUUACAAGAAAAUGUUUAUCGCUAGCCAGGGCGGAAAAUAUUACUUCGACUUGUAUUAACUUCCGGUGAGAUUUUUUUAAGGAUUUUCUAAAAAAGCUUCAGCUAUGUUCUAGAUUUAUCCACCCAGAACUUCAAAAAUGUUUUGUGAACAAAAAAUCAAUGGAGAUGGUUAAUGAAUUGAUAGUUGCUGAAAAUGAGAAUCCGAAAUUUCAAUUUGAUGAACAAUUGCAAGUUCAUAUUGAAAUUGUUGAUGGGAAUUGUUUUAAGGUGAGUUUUGGGUCAAUUUUUAAGGCUUUGGAAGGCUUGAGAAGGCUUGAGAAGGCUUCAGGAGGCUUCAGGAGGCUUCAGAAGACAUCAGAAGGCUUCAGGAGGCUUCAGGAAAAUUCAGAAAGUCUCAGAAGGCUUCCAAAGGCUUCACAAGGCUUCGGCAAAAUUCAGAAUGCUUCAGAAUGCUUCAGAAGGCUUCAGAAGGCUUCAGAAGGCUUCAGAAUGCUUCAGAAUGCUUCAGAAUGCUUCAGAAGGCUUCAGAAAAAUUUAGAAGGCUAACUAUUUGGGACGUUUCCUUCAAAAACAAAAAUUGGAAAAUUAAAAAAAAAUCAAAACAAAUUUUCAAAAUUAUAAACUUGGGAAAUUUCUCAAAAUUUCAAAAAUUAUUUUCCGAAAUUCCAAAAAAUUGAUUUUUCCUAGAAAAAACCGGGAAAUCCGGAAAUUCUGAAAAUUUCCGGCAAAAAAAAAAUUCUGAGAAAUUUUCAGAAAAAUGUAUUGGGCGAAAACGACACAUUACUCAAAGCAAUAGCAAUUUCUCAAUGCAAAAUCAACGCAGAUCCAAAAAAAUUGGAAAUUUUAUUGCGAGAUGAAAAACAACAAGAUAAAGCUGUAUUGUUUUUAUUGGAAACCUUUGAUUUGAUGAUUACCAAUUUGACACUUCAAGAUCUGCCAAUGAUUGCUCAGAAAAUGAGCAACUAUGAGAUUUUUGUGCACACCAAAUAUAAUGGUGGAUUGCAUUUUAACAAUGGACAAGCUAAAUGUAUUACUCUUGUUGAAAUUAAUGGUAAAUUUGAUGCUGUUAUUUGAAUUUUUUGUUUUUUUUUUGUAAAAAAAUGUGUGUUUGUAUAUAAUAUUUUGAAAAAUAAAGGUUUUUCUGUGAAAAAACCAUUUGGUUUAUUCUACAGAAUAGUUUUUUAACAUGAGCAAUGAUUUUCAUUUCAUGAAAAAACCUGUCACAAAAAUAUAUAUUUCCGCUGCGGGAUAUAUUUUUAACAUGAGCAAUGACCUCGAAAAAAUCCCAAAUCACUGUCUAUCACCGCCUUUUUCGCACUUUUACUUUCUCUCGAAAUUGAUAAUUUCUCACAUAAUUUUUCUUUUGUUUGAUUUAUGUUAGAAUAAUUAGGAUAAUUUUUGGAUUUGAUACUGUCCAAAAUUCUAGAAUCUAGAAUUUUUCUGAAUUUUCAGAUCUCUAAAAUUUCAGAUUUUUCUAAAAUUCUAAAUUAUGUUCCUUUAAAGUCAUUAAUAAUACUGGUAUGAAAAAUAGUAGGUUAUUUUCAUCUUGACAGAUUCUUAGGAUGAGAGAUUAGAGAGUGUGGAAAAAAUGAGAGAUUAGAGAAAUUGUUCCUGUAAAGAGCUUUUCUUUGGCAGAGAACAUUUGUUAGGUGUAGGGCUGUAAAUAGUUCACACGAACACACCACACACGCGGCGAGGCAGCAGCGAACACACUUUCACACCAAACACACGAAUACACUAGACACCCGAAGACACUAUGCACCCGAAUACACUGCACACGAACACACUGUUUUUUCUGUGUGUGUUUGGUUGAAAACGCAUGCAAAAAAAGUAGUGUAUUCGGGUGUAGUGUGUUCGUGUGAACCAGUGUAUUCGUGUGCAGUGUAUUCGGGUGCAGUGUGUUCUGCCUGUGUGGUGUAUUCGUGUGAACACACAAAUGUGUUUUUCGGCACACGAACACCACUUUUUUACAGCCCUAGUUAGGUGCAAAAAAAUAUUUUGGUGUUUUUAGUACAACAAACUUAAAAGUUGAAAAAUACAAUGAAACCGCAACGCACACGCGACGCAACCAAAUUUCAGUGGAGCGCAAAAUCAACAAAAUAAUAAUUGGCUUGACCGCAACGCAUACGCGACGCAAUCAAGGGUUUUUUGUUGAAUUUAUUGCUCAUGUUAAAAUAUUGUGCAGAAAAACGUCGAAAAAACAAAAUAUUUAUUUAUUUAUUUAAUUAAAUAUACAGGGUGACCAGUUCAUUAUUUUUGAGUAGAGACAAUGUGAAAUUGAGAGGGUGCAGACAGAAACAUUGAGGCUAGAGAGGUCAAUUUUAACAAAAAAUAAAUGUUUUUCCAUUGCGGAACGUUUAGAAAAAAAAAUUUAAAAAAAUAUUUUGUUUUUGUGACGUUGUUCUGCAUUUGAAAAAUAUUGAUUUUAUGAUUUUUUUUUUGGAAUUUUUAAAAAAUGUUUCUACUCCUAAGAAUAUUGUCAGAAAGAGCGCAAUUUUUUCAAGAACUCACAAAAUUUUUCAAUUUUUCUAAAAUCUGAUUCUCAAAAAGUAUUUUUUUUCUUCAAGAAGGAUUUUUUUGUGACGUCACCAAUUUCAUUUUUUUGCAGAUUUCAAAUACAUGAGUAACAUUUCAAAUUGCUCAUCACGAGCUCCAAUUUCAGAAGCUUCAAAACAGGCUCCUGCUCCACCUUGUGCUCAGGGAACUUCACAAACUCCAUCGCGAGCUCAGCUGCAAGAUUUUUUACAAAUGCCUUCACUGAGCCCUCCACAAGCUCCUCUAGAAGCUCUUCUGGAAACUCCUGCUCCAGCUUCUCCACUAUCCCGACUAGAAGCUCUUUUGGAAUCUACCUUACGAGCUAGACAACAUCUUGGUUUGACUCCUGCUCAGCGAGCUCUACAGCAAAGUUGUGCUCAAGCUUCGAAGCGGGCUUCUUCUGCUCAGAAAACUUCACAAGCGCGAGCUCCAGCUCCUGCUCAAUCCAUUUCACAAGUGCCCUCAAAAGCUUCUGCUCAAGCUUCUGCUCGAGCUUCUGCUCAAGCUUCUGCUCAAGCUUCUCCUCGAGCUCCUGCUCAAGCUUCUGCUCCAUCAGCUCCAAAAAACAAUCCACUUAAAAGAGCCCAGGAAAUUCCAAUUCCACACGAUGAUUUAUUUUUUUUACCAUCUGAACCUUGGAUAAAUGAAGCAAAAAGAUUAGCAGAAAUCGAUAAAUUAGAAUUUGUAAAUCAUCAAGACAUUCUAUUCAUGGAAGAUUUUAUGGAAGAAGUCAAGAUUCCACCAAUCGAUAUAAGUUUCGGAUAUCACGCAUGUUUCAAGAUCAAAAGAUCAAUUAUUUUUAUGACUUUACAACCGGAGCUUUAUAGGAAUUGUCUUGAUGUGGUUACAAGAAAAUGUUUAUCGCUAGCCAAGGCUGAAAAUAUGAAAAUGACUUGUAUCAAUUUCCGGUGAGACUUUUAAAGAUUCAUCAAAAAAGCUUCAGCUAUGUUCAAGUUUCUAGAUUCAUCCACCCACAACUUCCUGAAGGUCAAUUAUCUUUUUCCAACAAAACAUUUAUCUCAUCGAAGAAUAUUGUGGAGAUGGUUAAUGAAUUGAUAGUUGCUGAAAAACAGAAUGCGAAAUUUCGAUUUGAUGAACAUUUGCAAGUUCAUAUUGAAAUUGUUGAUGGGACUUGUUUUCAAGUGAGUUUUGGGUCAAUUUUUGGAGCUUUGGAAGGCUUCAGAAGCCUUCUGAAUUUUUCUAAAGCUUUCUGAAGCCUUCUGAAGGCUUCAGAAGGCUUCAGAAAGCUUUAGAAAAAUUGAGAAGGCUUCAAGAAAAUUCAGAAGGCUUCAGAAGGCUUCAGAAAAAUUCAGAAAGCUUCAGAAAGCUUCAGGAAAAUUCAUAAAAUCUCAGAAGGCUUCCAAAGGCUUCUGAAGGCUUCAGAAGGCUUCAGAAGGCCUUUUCGCCUAUUUUUAAUUACAGUAACCCGUAAUUAAUGAAGUUACUGUAACUCUAGAGCCACAGUAAUCCAAACUGCAAAUUUGAAUUAAAUUUUUUGUUUGAAUUAUUUUCUAUCCAAGAUUUUUCUUUUUUAAAAAAUUCAGCCAGAUCUUCUACAGUAACCUAGACCAUUUUUGAUCUUCAUGCAUUAAAUCUAGAGUUAUCUUAUCUACAGUAUCCCAAACUGCAAAAAAACCCCCAACUUCGUCUAACUUUUUUGUUCCGACUUCAAAAAAUUUCAGCCACGCGUAUUGGGCGAAACAGGCAGGUUACUAAAAGCAAUUUUAUUAUCCAUCGUAAAUUGUAUGGAAAAAACAAACAGCAAUUUUACGCCAAUCCUUGAAAAUCUUCUGCAAAAUGAACAAGAACAAGAUAAAGGUGCAUUAUUUCUGGCAAACAUUUUUGAAUUGGAAAAUAUCGAUUUGACACUGGUAGAUCUGCCAAUGAUUGCUGAGAAACUGAGGAAUUAUGAUAUUUAUGUGCUGACCAAACAUGAUGGAUUGAAUUUUAAUAACUAUGGACAAAGAGAAUUUUUUAUUCUUGUUGAAAUUAAUGGUAGAUUUGAUGCUGUUAUUUGA